AUGGGAAUACUUUUCACCAAGUUAUGGAGGCUUUUUAACCAUCAAGAGCACAAAGUCAUUAUUGUUGGCCUGGACAACGCUGGCAAGACUACAAUUCUUUACCAAUUCUCCAUGAACGAGGUGGUGCACACGUCGCCCACCAUAGGCAGCAACGUCGAGGAGAUUGUGGUCAACAACACGCACUUCCUAAUGUGGGACAUCGGCGGGCAGGAGUCACUGAGGUCAUCGUGGAAUACCUACUACACUAACACAGAGUUUGUGAUCGUGGUGGUGGACAGCACUGACCGCGAAAGAAUCUCAGUGACCAAAGAGGAGCUUUACAGGAUGUUAGCGCACGAAGACCUGAGGAAGGCGGGACUGCUGGUGUUCGCCAACAAGCAGGACGUGAAGGGCUGCAUGUCGGUUGCCGACAUCUCGCACAGUCUGCAGCUCACUUCGGUCAAAGACCACCAGUGGCACAUCCAGGCCUGCUGCGCCCUCACCGGUGAAGGCUUGUGUCAAGGUCUCGAGUGGAUGAUGUCACGAUUACGUGUCAGAUGA